AUAGUUGGAUCUUUAAACCCGAUUGAACUGUCAGGAAGGGCAUCCGGCGUAAAACUGUUGAUUUACACGCGUAAAUUGUCUCGCGAGAAUAAAAAAAUCACAUUUUCCUGUUUAUAAUUAAAAAAACUAAUGAAUGAAGUCUUGAUGUUUGGGUUCCCGUCUGACACACACAUCCAGGUAUCUCCUCCACACCUGUGGGCCGCUGUUGCAUCCACCUGCUGCUCCCCCCGCCGCGCGCCGCCGCGCACCGACGCGCGCCGCGGACGCACGGAGGCGCCAGAUCACUUAAGCAUCGAUCCGGUCCCUGUUCUCACGAGUGGAUCCGAUUCCGCGCCAGACGUGCAACUCAUUCAGAUGCGCCGUUCGCUCUGCGCGUCUGUCACACGCGUGCGCUCUCCUCCUCCUCUGUGCGCGUCCUCCGCGCCGCCGCCGCCAAUGCGGGUAUGACAGACGGGCACGAGGAGUAGUAGUAGCCGGAUUCAUUGGAGGACAGAGGCGGAGCGGGCACCGGAGCGGGCACGGGGACGGGCACGGGGAAGUGAGUCAUUUCUUGCCGCGCGUCGAGAGGAGCGGAUGAGUCAAUGGCCGGGGCACAGCCGGGAGUGCACGCGCUGCAGCUCAAGCCAGUGUCCGUGCCGGAGUGCCUGAAGAAGGGCAACAAAUUCAUGAAAUGGGACGAUGAUUCUACAACGGUGACCCCAGUGACCCUGACAGUUGACCCUAAAGGUCACUUCCUGUACUGGACGGACCAAAACAAGGACACGGACCUGCUGGAUAUAGCGUCCAUAAAAGAUGCCAGAAACGGAAAGUUCUGUAAAACGCCAAAGGAUGCUAAGCUCCGGGAGCUGCUGGACAUCAGCACUCUGGUGGGGAAGCUGGAGAACAGGAUGCUGACGGUGGUGAGCGGCACGGACAUGGUGAACAUCACCUACCUGAACUUCAUGGCCUUCCAGGAGGAGAUCGCAAAGGAAUGGGCAGAGGAACUCUUCAACCUGGCAUCAAACCUGCUGGUGCAAAACCUGUCAAGAGAGGCCUGUCUGGAGAAGGCAUACACUCGACUGAAGCUGCAGCUCAACCCUGAGGGACGGAUCCCUGUCAAGAAUAUCUUCAGGAUAUUCUCAGCUGACAGGAAGCGAGUGGAGACAGCUCUGGAAAGCUGUAACCUCCCUUCUGGCAGAAAUGACUCCAUCCCCCAGGAGGACUUCACCCCCGAGGUUUACAGCAUGUUCCUCAGCAACAUCUGCCCCCGCCCGGAGUUGGACCACAUCUUCUCUGACAUCGGGGCGAAGAGCCGGCCGUACCUCACCGUGGAGCAGAUGACCGAGUUCAUCAACAGCCGACAACGAGACCCUCGGCUGAACGAGAUCCUCUACCCCCCGCUCAAGGCGGAGCAGGUCCAGGUUCUGGUGGACAAAUACGAGCCCAACACUUCUCUGGCUCAGAAAGGUCAAAUGUCGGUGGAAGGUUUCUCCAGAUACCUGAACGGAGAAGAGAACAGCAUCAUCCCCCCUGAGAAGCUGGACCAGAGUGAAGACAUGACCUUCCCCCUCUCCCAUUACUUCAUCAACUCCUCCCAUAACACAUACCUCACAGCCGGCCAGCUCGCAGGAAACUCUUCGGUGGAGAUGUACAAACAGGUUCUGCUGUCCGGCUGCCGCUGCAUUGAACUGGACUGCUGGAAGGGUCGCACCACAGAAGAAGAACCCGUCAUCACUCACGGCUUCACCAUGACCACGGAAAUCUCCUUCAAGGAAGUGAUAGAAGCCAUCGCUGAGUGUGCCUUCAAGACCUCCCCUUUCCCCAUCAUCCUGUCCUUCGAGAACCACGUGGACUCACCCAAGCAGCAGGCCAAGAUGGCCGAGUACUGCCGCUCGAUAUUUGGAGACGCAUUACUGACGGAGCCUCUGGAGAAAUACCAGCUGGAGGCUGGCGUGCCGCUGCCCAGCCCCAUGGAGCUGAUGGGGAAAAUACUGAUCAAGAACAAGAAGAAACACCACAAGGCCGACGGAAGCACCAAGAAGAAGCUCUCCGAGCAGGUCUCCAACACCUACAGCGACUCGUCCAGCGUGUGCGAGCCGUCCUCUCCGAGCGCCGGUUCAACCAAAGAGGAGCUGGCGGAGCCCCCCCAGCCCUGCGAGGCCGCUGAUCUCGGGCUGAGGGCGACGAGCAGAAAGUCCAUCGGUGAAGUGGAGGCUGAAAGUGACGAGGAAGACGACGAUGACGACGACUGUAAAAAGGGCUCCAUGGACGAGGGCACCGCCGGCAGCGAGGCCUUCGCCACGGAGGAAAUGUCCAACCUGGUCCUCUACAUCCAACCGGUCAAGUUCCACAGCUUUGAGACUUCUAAAAAGAUCAAUCGCAGCUUCCAGAUGUCGUCGUUCGUGGAGACCAAAGCUUUGGAGCAGCUGACCAAGUGUCCCGUGGAGUUCGUGGAAUACAACAAGCUGCAGCUCAGCCGGAUCUACCCGAAGGGCACCAGGGUGGACUCGUCCAACUACAACCCGCAGCUCUUCUGGAACGCCGGCUGUCAGCUGGUGGCUCUGAACUUCCAGACCGUCGAUUUAUCCAUGCAGCUCAACCUGGGAAUGUUCGAGUACAACGGGAAGUCCGGCUACCGGCUCAAACCGGAGUUCAUGAGGAGGCCGGAUAAACACUUCGACCCUUUCACGGAGAGUACGGUGGACGGGAUCGUCGCCAACACGCUGUCGGUUAAGAUCAUCUCAGGUCAGUUCUUGUCCGAUAAAAAGGUGGGAACGUACGUGGAGAUCGACAUGUUCGGCUUGCCGGUCGACACCAAGAGGAAAGCGUUCAAGACGAAGACGUCUCAGGGGAACGCCAUCAACCCGGUGUGGGAGGAGGAGGCCAUCGUGUUCAAGAAGGUGGUCCUCCCCACACUCGCCUCUCUCAGGAUCGCGGUGUUUGAGGAAGGAGGGAAGUUCAUCGGCCAUCGCAUCUUUCCUGCGUCGGCCAUCCGUCCAGGUUAUCACUACAUCAACCUGAGGAACGAGAAGAACCAGCUGCUGACGCUGCCGUCCCUCUUCGUGUACGUGGAGGUGAAGGACUACGUCCCCGACACCUUUGCAGACGUCAUCGAGGCGCUGUCCAACCCCAUCCGCUACGUCAACCUGAUGGAGCAGAGAGCCAAUCAGCUGGCUGCUCUCACUCUGGAGGAGGGGGGCGAGGAGGAGGGAGACAAAGAGGUGGAGGCGGGAAGCGAUGCUCCCUCCGAGGCUAAAGUGGACCAGCGGGCGGUGCAGCCCGCAGAAAACGGACUGAGCCACACGCCCAUCAUCGCCUCCAAACCGCCGUCGUUGGUCGGCCCGCCGCAGUCUGCAGGUGCAGGUUCACUGAAACCGGCGGUGAAGACUGAAGACAUCAUCCAGAGCGUCCUCACUGAGUUGGAGGCUCACACGGUGGAGGAGCUGAAGCAGCAGAAGACUUUCGUUCGGGAGCAGCGCAAGCAGUACAAGGAGAUGAAGGAGCUGGUCCGCAAGCACCACCGCAAGACCAGCGAGAUGAUCAAGGAGCACACGGCCCGCAUCUCCGAGCUGCAGGGCCAGCACCAGCGCCGGCGCUCCGCCCUGCAGAAGAGUUAUAAACGAGACGGUAAGAAGAGUCAGUCCGAACACUCGCUGUCGUCUCUGGACCAAGAGCUGACGGAGUUGGAUCAGGAGUGCAGCCAGCGGCUGGCUGAGCUGAAGGAGCAGCAGCAGCAGCAGCUCCUCGCCCUCCGCCAGGAGCAGUACUACAGCGAGAAGUACCAGAAGCGGGAGCACAUAAAGCAGCUGGUCGAGAAACUGACGACUUUAGCAGAAGAAUGCCAGAGCGUGCAGCUGAAAAAGCUCCGAGACAUCUGCGAGAAAGAGAAGAAAGAGCUGAAGAAGAAGAUGGACAAACGGAGACAGGAGAAGAUCAACGAGGCCAAAUCCAAAGACAAGAACGUGACGGAGGAAGAGAAGCUGGAGAUCAACAGAUCGUUUGUGAACGAGGUGGUCCAGUAUAUAAAACGGCUGGAGGACGCUCAGAGCAAACGGCAGGAGAGGCUGCAGGAGAAGCACAAGGACGUCCGGCAGCAGAUCCUGGACGAGAGGCCAAAGUUGCAGAGCGAUCUGGACCAGGAGUACCAGGACAAGUUUCGCCGGCUACCCGUUGAGAUCCAAGAGUUCGUCCAGGACGGCAGCAAGGCCAAACAGAGCGGCGACCUCAUCCACGGAGUCCUCGUGUCCUCCUCCACCUCCGAGAAACUCAACCACAAGGCGUCGCAGUCCGAGGACGACACGGAGGAGGGCUCGUCGGAACAUGUCUACGACACGGCCCUUUAGGACCCCUUUGCUCCACUCUGUGACUUUAUUUCAAAAUCGAGGAUGAAACUCCCUCACAUUGUAAGCGAUGGGAGGAUUAGGGGACAGUUGGUGAGUAGAGGGCCUCUCUGCGUGAGAAGCGUUUGUUGUAAAUAACCUUUUUGUGCGUUUGUAUGUACGUUGUUGUCUCUUUUGGUACGGCCACAGGAGGUGGUACAACACUAACUACUUGCAGGAAAAGACUUUUACUUGAACUUUUGCACAGAGAUUAGUUUCUUUUCAUUUCUCCGUCAUCGGGACGUUGUAGGGAGAUGUGGCGUGCCAAGACUUUUUGAUUGUCCAAUCUUCAGUCCGCCGCUUCACUGUGCAGACCGGCUGACCCCGCCCAGCCUCCAUGGUUACAGUCCUCGUGUUGCACUGACCGUCAUGACUUUGGUUUGCUUUCUGGUUCUCACAGAGUUAAUCCUACGUGUUGCUGCUAAAUAUUUGGAUCCACUUUAACACAGUUUAGUUAUACAUGGGAUGUUGAUUUUUAACAAGUUUGCAUCAUUUGUGAGCAGUUCUGUCCCAGCGGGAGCAAAGGGAAUCGUGCUGUACAGCGUCUGCAUGUAUCUGAACUGUAACCGUUACAGUAGGUGUGUAGCAGACAUGUUAAUAAUAAUCCCUGUAAAUAGUCAUCACUCCUGAGUGCGCUGUGACUGUACCUGCUCAACCGUUGACAUUGUGGCUCACUGAACAGGACUGAGGGAUGUUUGUGUUUCUGUCGCUGCUCGUUUGCCCUCCAGAACUCAAACAGUCCAUCCAGGACGUUCAAACACGAGCAGAUCCUGUUGUGGUUUACAGGUAGCCGUUCCCUUGUGUACCCACAGGUGCAUUCAGGAGCAACCUGACACUUCAGCCCACGCGCUCACCUCUCAGAAUUUACAGAGGGAUUCUUUUGUUGAGUUUACGCCGGCGUUUGGCUGGACCUCCUCCUCCUCUAACCACUCCCACUUUCUGUACCGAUGAGGUAAAGAAAACUACGCUUAAGUUUGCAAUUCUGAGUAUUUCUUUUUUAAAAUUAGUUGUGUCGUUUGAAAAAGAUCGUAUUUGUGACAUUGAAAAUAUGCUAACAGCUUCAGGCUCCGCCCCAUUCCGAUGCAUCCACUUGUAGACAUCUAGAUUCGUGGAUGUCUUGGUUUCCCUCGUCUGCUCGCCAUUUUUGUUGCACUGGUAACGUUAUUCGGCUAGCGCGAGAGCAUGUAAACAGAGAGCUCUCAUCAAUAGUGAAAGGGGGUGGAGUUAUACAAAGGCCACAGCUCAAGCUACGUUCACACUGUUCUCGGCAAUGCACAUUCAGGCCGCCACAUCAAAUGAAAGGUCAACGGAAACGUGGAUAAUUGCGAGUUUAUGAAAAAAAAACAGUUUUUACGACUGUUUCUGUCUCCACGUACAAACAAUCAAUAUAAGCUUACCCAAUUACGUGUUUCCUGCUUCUGCAUCCAAGAUUCUCGUAUUUACAGUUCACGCAUAGAUUUACACUGUCAUUGGGCUCCGUGUGCAAAAAGGUCUAGUAAACUUAAAUUAUUUUUUUGCUUCUACGUUCAAAACUCAAGUUUAUGUUUUCUCACGUUGCUAGAAAAGUUUUUAAGGACUGUUUUUGGCCUCCACGUACAAAAA